GAGCAGAGCGUGGCGUGUCGGAUUUGCAGGCGGCCAAGGUAUCCAGAGAGAAGGAAGAGAACAAGGCCAAGUCAUCGGAGCAGAAGGCAGAGGAGGACGUGAUGGGUGUCGGGGAUGGUGCGUUCGAGCUUUUGGACGGGGCGAAGCCCUUCGUGGUCCGUGCUGCGGUGAAGUUGUCGACGAAGCUGCAAGCCCUCUUGAAGGAGAAGGUGUUCGAAGCGGCUCACAAGGCCUUCAUGCAAACGUACCAUACGACCACAGCCGCCAAAAGUACUGGUCGAGCUCAGUGCGGAUUGAAACCGGUCGAGCUCAUGGACCAAGCCAGAGAAGCCCUCCGGGAGUUUGUGCCGUUCAGAAGUAAGGUCGUCGCAACCGAGCACAUCCCUACCCUGGACAUGGUGUCGAUGUUCGGGUGCCUGGCGGAGAUGUACUUUGUGUCUUCGGAGUACGAGGGAACAGGCCAGCUCCGCUACAUCCUGGAAGGUACGAAAGACACAUAUGCGUGCAGCCUCAAAAACAUCCAGGCCGCCAUGCAGAAACUAGGGCUCGACAAAGACGGCAAAAAGUCAUCGGAUGUGGACGUCUACAAGUUUUUCAGACACCUCACUGAGGAACAGGUAUCGAAGAGCGGCCUUACCGUGUACAAGCUUGCGGUGCGCCACGGAGAUGCAUACUACUUGCCUUCCGGGUGGGUGAUGGCAGACAUCUGUGGUGAUGAGGAGUGCAUUGGCCUUCGUCUGGCGAUCGUUGCAGACAAGGACAUUGUCAAGGAGAAAAACAUGGAAGCGAUGAUCGAAAUUCAGGAUCAGGGAAGUACCAAGCACCUGCCGAACAUGAAGAAGAUCGUCGAAGUCCUGAAGAAGCAAAGCCACGGAGCCGGAGCCUUCAUUCAGGCCAACCAGGUAUUCUCAUGGACGCUUGACGUUGCAGACAGCCAGGAGAUGCCAGUCAAGCGAAUGCUGGCGAGCCAUGACUGCAGCCUCUCAGAGGGUCCUCGCACAGUACAGGAGAUGUUGAACUGGCCAACGAGGGCAAUGGCUGCUGUGCGUGACAUUGGUCAAUUCGACACCUGGUUGAGCAAUCUCACUGGUGGGUUGAUCGUGGGGACUCAUUUCUCGGGUCUCAUGACUGCAGAAGUGGCUUUGGAGCAACUGGCGCAUGCAACCGCAGACAUUCUUGAAAGAAACGGCCAAACUUCGGAGUCGGAGCAGCUGCAGGGGAGACUUCUGAGUGCCUGGACAUGUGACCAACUUCAGGAGAGUCGCGACUUGGCAAUGGCAUGGCCGGAGUCGAGAUACUGGCACAAUGCUGGUGGGUGCUGCUUCGGCAACAUCUUCGACAGCUCCACAGAUGAGAUGUUGGAGAAGUUCAACUAUGUUGAUCAAGCCAGGGACGAAGGCCGGGGCCAAAAUGCUGUGCAGAACACGCAGACGUACAUGUUUCGCCAUGUUCGCGAGAUCUUCGAAGAAUCAGCGUGCUUUCGGCAUGGAACAUUCUGCAAGUCGCAUGAGUACCCCUCGCCGAAAGGCUUCCACAACCCUUUGACCAUUGAGGUGGCAGGAACUCCAUGUGUUGGUUGGUCCAUCUUGGGAAAGCGUCAGGGUGUCCUUCAUGACAGUCACCUCGCCUUCUUGACGUGGGCGGCAAAGACGAGACUUGCGCCGCCUAUGCUCAUCGUCCACGAGUGCACAGCUGCCUUCCCAGUGAGCUUGCUUGAGUAUUGGUUCGAUGACAAGUAUGAGAUGUACUCCAUGGUGUUGGACCCCCUGUGGAUGGGUCACUCAACCCAGAGACCCAACCGUCGCUUCACAUGGCUCAUUCGCAAGGAUUUCCGGUUCACAGGCAGUGUGGAGGAUUUCAAGGAGAUUUUCGCAGCGCGGACAACGAUGUUGGCAGAUGCAUUUUGCUGUGCACCCAGCGAUGUUCUUCAAGAAGGCCUGAACGCAAGUGCCCUGUCCCGUGGGUUCGUGCCUCAGGAAGUAUCGAAGGUCAAAGAUUGGUCGAUCUACUACCCUCCCGGCAAUCGUGAGCGAAUGGAUGGCCACCUGAGUCUGAGGAAGCGAUCACCCGACAUGUUGGAAACACCGCGAAUCCGAGCUCGAAGGAAAGUUUCAGCUGAGACAUUGAACAUGAAGCACAUCAAAGAGUACCCCAUCAUCGUGGACUUGGAUCAGAAUCCGGGCUAUGGGCCCUCAGCAUCCUUGCAAUGCCCAGCAUUGGUGAGCCAUGGCACCCUGCACAAUUUCUUCCGAAAGCGCUGCAUGGUUGGAGAAGAGGUGGCCGUGAUCGGGAUGCGACCUUCGCGUAGAAGCUCAGCCAGUGUAUCAGUGUAG